GAGUUGCAGUCAAAGCGGUAGCGUCGUAGUAAAUUUAUCCAAUUGCUCUCUACUUUUCUGCUGGUGCUCCUUUUCCUUAAAGAGCUCUUAACAAUGUCGUGGUAUUACACACCUGUACCGACUGUGGAGCCGGUGGAAGAUUUCGAUCCAUCCGCGGAUGCAAAUGCUCUCCGCAAAGCGAUGAAGGGCUUCGGCACCGACGAAAAAGCAAUUAUCGAUAUUCUGUGUGCGCGAUCUAAUGAACAACGCCAGGUGAUCGCCGCUACGUUCAAGCGCGAACUGGGACGGGAGUUGAUCGACGAUCUGAAGUCGGAGUUGGGCGGAAAGUUUGAAGAUGUCAUCCUCGCGUUGAUGCUUCCUCCGCCGGCUUAUCUCUCCAAGCAGCUGCACAAGGCGAUGGACGGUAUCGGUACGGACGAGAAGGCUAUCAUUGAAAUCCUUGCUCCACAAACCAAUGACGAGGUCAAGGAAAUUGUCGCUUGUUAUGAGGAGAUGUACGGUCGGCCGCUGGCCGAACAUUUGUGCAGUGAAACGUCCGGAAGCUUCCGGCGCCUACUGACGAUGAUCGUCGUAGGAGCUCGUGACCCACAAGGCACGGUCGAUCCGGAUCUGGCCGUCGAGCAGGCGAAACAGCUGUACGACGCCGGCGAAGGUAAACUCGGUACCGACGAGGCUGUGUUUUAUAAGAUCCUCGCCCAUGCCUCCUACGAUCAGCUGGAGAUCGUGUUCGAUGAGUAUAAAAGUCUGUCGGGACGCACUAUCGAGCAAGCACUGAAGGCAGAACUCAGUGGCGAACUGUACGAUGCGCUAAGUGCCAUCGUCGAGUGUGUCCAGAUGGCACCGCACUUUUUCGCCAAACGGCUGCACAAGGCAAUGGACGGCCUUGGCACCGACGAUGCGACACUGAUCCGGAUCAUCGUGUCGCGCUCGGAGAUUGAUUUGCAGAACAUUAAGGAUGAGUUUGAGCAGAUGUACGACAAAACCCUCACCAGUGCCGUAAAGAGCGAAACAUCCGGCGACUACAAACGUGCACUUUGCGCUUUGAUUGGAGAGGCAUAAACGGAUAUGGCAGGCCAACGAAAUGACGGAAGAGAACAAGUGUGCAUUUUACAGCGUAUUACUACAUGAUAAGCUCAUGCCAAGCAUGCUUUUGAAUCUCUGGUAUUGUGUUUCUGACUCUUAUAACUUUUUCAAUGGAGCAAAUUAAAGCAUAUUUUACAUCAAG